AUGGCUACACACACGGUUACCCCAACACCUCGUGUUUUAAUCUUGGGUCACUCUUUUAUUCGACGCCUGCAGAAGUUCAUUGAACAUCAUAUCGACUACCUUGAUUUAUCACUACAAAUUACGGCUCCCGCAGAUAUAACUUGGCAUGGCAUUGGUGGGCGUACAGUAGCAAAAACGAUCAAAUUUGAUCUGCACGUAGUUCGAUCUACACGCCCCGACAUAGUUAUCGUGCAACUUGGUACUAAUGACCUACCAGUUCAGUCUCCUCUACAAGUUGCGUCAGAACUUGAGGACUUCGUUCGUUUGUUGCACGAUUCUUACGGGGUAAAAUUCGUGUGUGUAUGCCAAACCAUUCGUCGACGCUCUGCUACUGCCUUUAACAAAAACGUAGAUCUUUUAACGCGUUACCUACGGGUUGUCUUGGAACCCAUCCCUUACGCGAUCUAUUGGGGUCAUAGGGGUUUCUGGAAGGCUCGUCAUAAUUUUUAUGCUGCUGAUGGCGUUUAUUUGAAUAGUAUGGGGCUAUAUAAGCUCUAUCGUAGUUUUAGAGGGGCAGUACUUAAGUCUAUGCGGCUCUUGUCUAGUGCUG